AUACAAAGCGUCCAUUUCUCUCCAAACUUUAAACCAAACACCUUUUUUCAAUGGCACCAAAGGCAGAGAAGAAACCGGCGGAGAAGAAGCCGGCCGCCGAGAAAGCUCCUGCGGAGAAGAAGCCGAGAGCCGAGAAGAAACUCCCGAAGGAUGCGUCGGCAACCGAUAAGAAGAAGAAGAGGAACAAGAAGUCGGUGGAGACUUACAAGAUCUACAUCUUCAAGGUUUUGAAGCAGGUUCAUCCUGACAUUGGAAUCUCAAGCAAAGCUAUGGGGAUUAUGAACUCGUUUAUCAACGAUAUCUUCGAGAAGUUGGCUCAGGAGUCUUCGAGGCUUGCUCGGUACAACAAGAAGCCGACGAUUACUUCCAGGGAGAUUCAGACCGCCGUGAGACUUGUACUUCCCGGUGAAUUGGCGAAACACGCGGUAUCUGAAGGUACCAAGGCUGUAACUAAGUUUACAAGAGAGAAGAAACCGGCGGUGAAGAAGCCCGCCGCCGAGAAAGCUCCUGCCGAGAAGAAGCCGAGAGCCGAGAAGAAACUUCCGAAAGAUGCGUCAGCAACCGAUAAGAAGAAGAAGAGGAACAAGAAGUCGGUGGAGACUUACAAGAUCUACAUCUUCAAGGUUUUGAAGCAGGUUCAUCCUGACAUUGGAAUCUCUAGCAAGGCUAUGGGGAUUAUGAACUCGUUUAUCAACGAUAUCUUCGAGAAGUUGGCUCAGGAGUCCUCGAGGCUUGCUCGGUACAAUAAGAAGCCGACGAUUACUUCCAGGGAGAUUCAGACCGCUGUGAGACUUGUACUUCCCGGUGAAUUGGCGAAACAUGCGGUGUCUGAAGGUACUAAGGCUGUAACCAAGUUUACAAGCUCUUAGAGAUUGGCGUAGAUGCUAGGGUUUGGUAUUCGGUACU